UAGGAAACACUUGAAAAUUUACUUCAGAAAUUCAAUUUUACAUAGUGAACUUAACAGAGGCUAACAAGAGCUAUUACUUUGAAGGGGCCUUAUCGCUCGAAAUCAAUUUUAGUUUGCGGCUUUUUCCGGACUACGGGAUGAGGCGGGAAUUUAUCGACAAAUCACUGCCUCUGAUUGAAACAGACUGGAAUCUUGCGAAAUAAAGGAAGCGUGUGUAUGUGAUUAGAAUUGCGUUGCCAAGACAACGGUCAUGCCCUUUUGGAAUAUUGCUAGUUUUUUCGAAGUAUUUUAACAGUUUUAAUUAAAUUUUGGAUCUAUUAACGCUUUGUAAACUUGCGAAAGAAUCACAGUGUUUAGCGAGUGAUUGCGGUGUUUUGACAGUUUAAUAUAGCACGGCUUACUUGGUGACACUCCAAACAAUUGGCCAGUAAACAAUUCGUUAAUUGCCAUUCUCUAAACGACCGCCACGAUCCACCUUUAGCGGCCGGUUGUCUUCGACUUUGCCUGACGCGCAGAAAAUUUGAGUUAAAGAUGUUAAUUGCCUUGCGUCAUGCUGACGCAUUCUUUGCUUAAAAAGCAUCAAUCUCUUCCUAUCAAUGCCAGCCAUCGGGGCUAAUUAGCCAUUACAGUUCCUUUUAACCGGUAACAUUAGUGUACUUGCACUGUGGUUUCGAAUCCCUUGGCUUCCUUUUGGUGCUACAUAUCGACUUCCUUGGGAGUUUUGGGUGAAGAGGGUCACACGAACUCUCGAUCAUUGCAGUAAAAAGAAAAGAGGCGACAAAAAGCACAAGCUAGAAAUACAGUCUUGAAUCACAGGAGACGUCAGUCUUUGCUUGUGUUCUUGAAAAGGCUUUCAACAGGGUUUCGGACAGUCACAAAGAUUUCUAGUUUGAGGAAUUCAUUACGAACAGCAAUGAGUGCUAACAACACAACAUCCUGCAUCAUUACUGAAGAUCCUAUAGCAGCUAAAGUCUGCAAAACAUUGGCAUACUGUUUACUGCUUGUAGUCUCACUGCUGGGGAACACUUUAAUCAUCAUGGUGGUUUACCGAGACAACAAAAUGUGGACCACCACAAACUUACUCAUUGUAAAUAUGGCGGUCUCCGACCUCCUAGUUCCCAUAUUCGCCAUGCCUCGGGCCAACGUCGAGAUACUCUACGGAAAUCUCCGAUGGCUUAUCGAUGGCGUGUUAGGAGAAACCCUCUGCAAGCUGACAGCAUUUUUUCAAGACAUCUCAACGGCGGUGUCUGUCCAAACCUUGGUCGCGAUUGCCGUAGACCGUUUUUACGCUGUGUGGUUUCCUCUGAAGGCGGCCCGUAUCAAACCUAGAGUGAAAUACGUGAUUUUAAUGAUAUGGUGGAUAUCAACACUUAUUCACGCUCCAUAUCUUUAUGGUUUUAAAAUUGGAACGUUCAGUGGCAAAACCUACUGUUUCCUGGGUUGGUCUCGCUCCGUCACAAAAAUCGUGUUUUUACUGCUGAUAAUUAUAAUAUACGUGAUACCUUUGAUGUUGAUAACAAUCCUGUAUAGCUUAAUAGUCAAAAAGCUUAGAAGACAAACCCUUUACGGAGUAAGGAAUUUGGUCGUUCACUUCAGUAGUCGCGAAAAGAGAAAUCGAAAUGUGCUCAAGAUGUCCUUAGCGAUCGUUGUUGUGUUUUUCUUAUCAAUGUCGCCGUUUGUCGUGUAUUUAUCAGUUUCUCUAUUCAGCCCUGAAGGAAAAUUUUGCCUGUCAAAGGAUUUUCGCUUUGUUACUCAGUAUUUAGUUCACUCCAAUGGCAUAAUAAACUUUUUCACGUAUUUCACCUUCAACCAGAGUUACCGCCGUGGCUUCUUGUCAAUCCUUUCUCGUAUUUUCUGCUCGUGCUGUUCCAAAUGUAGCUGGAGACAAGAAGUGGAGAUGACGUCACGUAUUGGACAGGAAUCGCACGCCGCUUCAGCUGGAACCGUUAACUUUGGAAUGGACUCUGACACUAAGGACGUUGUACUCACAGGGUUACGCUCAGUGGAGAGUGCUGAGCUCAAAGUGUUUGAGAAUGGUAACAUGUAGAAAGUGAAAAAGUCUCCGUCGGGACAAGUGGUCCAUAUACCACGAGAGCUUUAUCCCAGUUUCUGUAUUAGACUGCGGGCAGUCUCUCUUUUCCUCGAAAAUCCGUGGGGAAGAACGCAAA